UUGUAUAGCGAUUUAGCCAAGUGUGAAUAGAACAUGCAAAAAGACAGAAUUCCGAACCCAGUUACAUCAAAUCAAAUAUAUAAAUUCUAUGAUUUCUCUUUGUGCUUGCAGAUCGUGCAGCAUGGAAGUCCAAACGGUGAGCAGUCUGCACAGCACCGCCGCCCUCUUGUCAUCGCUGCAGCAGGCGGCGACGAGUAGUCCGAGUCCAAAUGGCGGCACGCCCAAGAAGACGGCGGCCAAUGCGGGCGCUGCGUCCGCCAAGCAAUCCUCAACAGAAGCUGCCAUUCUCGAGCAGCUGAACAAGCAACAUCAGCAACAACAUCAGCACAGUCGCGACUGCGAUAGUCCGGCCAGCUCCAACUCGGAGCUGGAGAAGGAGUUCAAUGAGUUGCGCGAUCUGAAUGGUUCCCUCACUGGCAGCGGCAGUGUUGGCAAAUCAAAUGGUUCGUUGAGUGGCGCCUCAUCGACCAACUCGGCAGCAGCUCCUGGUGCAAAUAGUAGCUGCGGGCAACCCCUCAAUGGCAGUCCACAGCCAUCGGGCGCAGCUGGUGCGGCACAGUUCAAGAAACGCAUCUCGAGCAGCCGAGCUCCGACACGUAAGGCGCAUCGCAUCAAGUUCUAUCGGAAUGGUGAUCGCUUCUACCCGGGCAUAACUAUACCAGUAUCAAAUGAGCGCUAUCGUUCCUUCGAGAGCCUCUACGAGGAUCUGACACGACUACUCGAGGAGAAUGUUAAGAUACCUGGAGCUGUGCGCGCCAUCUACACUAUGUGCGGCAAGAAGAUCACUGCUUUUGACGAGCUGGAGGAUGGCCAGAGCUAUGUGUGUUCCUGCAAUAAUGAGAACUUCAAGAAGGUCGAGUACAACACGAGUUCACAGCCGCUGGCCAAUCUGACGCUGGCCAACAAUGGACGCACGACCAAUCAGCGACUCGCGAAGCUGCAGCGUCCCGCCUCGCCCCUUAAGAACGGUGCGCUCAACAGCAGCGCAUGCAGCAGCAGCGGAGGUGCCGCAGCAUUAAAUGGUAGCGGAGCUGCCACAAACGGCGGUUGCCCGUUGAACAGUAGUUCGCGAUUCAGCGAGCGGGACAGCGUUGUGCAUCCACGUAUCGUCACACUGAUACGGAAUGGCACAAAGCCGCGACGAAUUAUGCGCCUGCUGCUGAACAAACGCAACAGUCCAAGCUUCGAUCAUGUGCUCACCGCCAUCACGCAAGUGGUGCGCCUCGACACAGGAUACGUUCGCAAGGUGUUCACCUUGUCGGGGGUGUCGGUCUCACAGCUGGCCGAUUUCUUUGGCAAGGAGGAUGUCUUUCUCACCUACGGCACCGAGCGAGUGAAUACCGCGGAGGAUUUCAAGCUGGAGGCGGAUGAGCAGCGCGCCAUCAAUGCCAUACGCAAAACGUUGCGCACCGCGGGCACCACAUGCAAAGGGCCCAAGCCCAAGAUGCCCGUCAAAAGCAAAAAAGGCUUUCCCCAGCGAACCGAGCACAUUCCCACGGCUGAGGAUGAUCAGGCAACGUUACUUAAUAGCGCAGGCAUUGAGAUUGGUGAAUUGCCGGCGGCUAUCAGAGACAACUACAUACUGGGCAAUCUAAUUGGCGAUGGUAACUUCGCUGUGGUGCUGCGUGUCCAGGAGCGACAGACGGGCUUGCCGUAUGCUCUAAAGAUCAUUGACAAAAGCAAGUGCAAGGGCAAGGAACAUUACAUCGAUGCGGAGGUGCGUGUGAUGAAGAAACUGCAGCAUCCGCACAUCAUAUCGCUCAUCAUGGAUGUCGAUCAGCUGACAAACAUGUACCUCGUGCUGGAGUAUGUGAGUGGUGGGGAUCUGUUCGAUGCCAUUACACAGGUCACACGCUUCUCGGAGAGCCAGUCGCGCACAAUGAUCCGCCAUCUGGGCUCUGCCAUGUCUUAUUUACAUUCCAUGGGCAUUGUGCACAGAGACAUUAAGCCAGAGAAUCUGCUGGUUGAACUGGACGAAGCCGGCAAUGUGGUGCAGCUGAAACUCGCCGACUUUGGCUUGGCUUGCGAGGUAACCGAGCCGCUUUACGCCGUCUGUGGCACGCCCACUUAUGUGGCACCCGAAAUACUGCUAGAAGUAGGCUAUGGCUUAAAGAUUGACGUUUGGGCUGCCGGCAUCAUUUUGUAUAUACUACUCUGUGGAUUCCCGCCAUUUGUGGCGCCGGAUAAUCAACAGGAGCCGCUGUUUGAUGCCAUCAUCUCGGGCGUGUACGAGUUUCCCGAUCCCUACUGGUCGGACAUCGGCGAUGGUGUGCGCGAUUUAAUCGCCAACAUGCUGCAAUCCGAUCCCGAUGUACGCUUUACCAGCGAGGAUAUCCUAGAUCAUUAUUGGACAAUGGUCGAUGAGGAGAAUUGCGGUGCUGGCGAUGACAUUGAUGUUGGCGGCUUAAGCAGAUGAAUCAUGGCUGUUUGGGGUGUUUGAGCCAAAUGUUGUUACUGCAUCAUCGUCAUCAUUAUCAUCCCCAAUGCCGCUCGUAGUUUUUGUAUUAUGUAAUUUAGCGCUAUUAUAUAUAGGCCUUAAUUUAUUAUUUAUACAUAUUAACAAACAAACACACACACAUACAUAUGGUACAGUUUUGGUCGUUAAGCAAGAAUAAUAAUGAACGUGAAGAGAAGUUCUUCGGCCAACAACAUUAGUAACGUUGUGGUUCCGACACUUUCUCAAAAAUUCCAAUUUGAACAACCGUUUACGGUUCGCUACUUUAUAUUCUUUAUAACGCAGAUAUAUAUAUAUAUAUUUUAUAAUGAAAGGUACUUGCAUACAUACUAUACAUAUACAUAUAUUUUAAAGUGUUUUAAUUAGUAUUUUAAUUGAUUACAAAUUAUGAAUAAAUGCAUGUUGUGUAUAUUUUCACGAA